GACGCGUUGCUCCUGGACGGGUGGAGGGCGUGGGGGAGGGGUCUCCAAGGAUUUUUAGGGGAAAGGGGUCAUGUCCCCUCCCAGGGAUGCUAGGGUUUGAAAGAGGGUAAAUGAUUUAGAGAAGAUGGGGCCUGGGUACACUCGAGUCGAACCCACGCUACCUUUGUCUUGGGGUGUGGAGUGUGUGGUGAGACUUAUACAUUGCUUUUUGUUUUGUAGCUGAAUGUGUGGGUACGUAUAGGAUUUCUUUUAUUCUGCACUACCUAUCUGAGUAUUUGGGUCUCUAAGUGUGUGCACAUGUCUGGUGAAACUGCACCAUUUAUGUUCCGUGUCUCUGGAUAGGGAGGUGUGGGGCUAGGUCUAAAUAUUUGCACGAACAGAGGCAGACCGGACUGUCCCUCUGUUUCCAAGGCGUGUACCUGUGUUUGGGAAUGUAUUUUAAAUUUGGGUUUGUUUUUCCCCCGGAGGGUGUGAAUGUGUGUAUGUGUACCUGUGUAAAUCUCUGUGAUGUCUUUGUAUUGUGUGUUUGGCUGAAGUGUCUCUGGAUGAAUAUGUAAGCGCAUAUGUAAAUGAUUCUAGGGUCCCUAUCUUUUGACAACGUGUGACUGUUGGGAUGAGUGUUGUGUGGUGUGUUUCCAUGUUGUGGGGCUUUGUGGAUAAUCUGCCUCUGGACACAUCUGGGGUCUCUGGAUACAUGGCAUUCAUAGGUAGUUCUAUGGAUAUUCUUUUAAAAUUUGGAAUAUUUGUGUUCUGCAAGAGAUGUGCGGCUGUGCGACAGAGAGAAUUUGUUUGCUACUCCUUUGUGAAUAUUGGGAUAUGUUUCUCUUUGUGUGUGAAUCCCGUGUGGCCAUGUGCGAUUUGUUUGUAUUGGAUGUUUGGCUACAUGUGUGGACGGGUCCCGGUGUGUUUUGGUCUGUUUCUAUAUUGUCUGUGAAUACUUCUUAACCCGAGACAUAAUCAAGUUUUAGCCUUGGCGAGGACUUCUACCGGGAGGCCAUCGAGCACUGCCGCAGCUACAACGCGCGCCUGUGUGCCGAGCGCAGCCUGCGCCUGCCCUUCCUCGACUCUCAGACCGGCGUCGCUCAGAACAACUGCUACAUCUGGAUGGAGAAGACCCACCGCGGGCCUGGUUUGGCCCCAGGACAGAUCUACACUUACCCCGCCCGCUGUUGGAGGAAGAAACGGAGACUCAACAUCCUGGAGGACCCCAGGCUCCGGCCCUGCGAGUACAAGAUCGAUUGUGAGGCACCUCUGAAGAAGGAGGGUGGCCUCCCGGAAGGGCCAGUCCUUGAGGCUCUGCUGUGCGCUGAGACUGGAGAGAAGAAAGUGGAGUUGAAGGAGGAGGAGACCAUUAUGGACUGUCAGAAACAGCAGUUGCUGGAGUUUCCGCAUGAUCUCGAGGUAGAAGACUUGGAGGAAGACAUUCCCAGGAGGAAGAACAGGGCCAAAGGAAAGGCGUAUGGCAUUGGAGGUCUCCGGAAACGCCAGGACAACGCAUCCUUGGAGGACCGAGACAAGCCGUACGUCUGUGAUAUCUGUGGGAAGAGGUAUAAGAACCGGCCAGGGCUUAGCUACCACUACACCCACACCCACCUGGCUGAGGAGGAGGGGGAGGAGCACACUGAGCGCCACGCCCUGCCUUUCCACCGGAAAAACAACCAUAAACAGUUUUACAAAGAAUUGGCCUGGGUCCCCGAGGCACAGAGGAAACACACAGCCAAGAAAGCACCAGAUGGCACUGUCAUCCCCAAUGGCUACUGUGACUUUUGCCUGGGGGGCUCCAAGAAGACUGGAUGUCCUGAGGACCUCAUCUCCUGUGCGGACUGCGGGCGAUCAGGACAUCCCUCGUGUUUACAGUUCACGGUGAACAUGACCGCAGCUGUGCGGACCUACCGCUGGCAGUGCAUCGAAUGCAAGUCCUGCAGCCUGUGUGGCACCUCGGAGAAUGACGGUGCCAGCUGGGCGGGUCUCACCCCCCAGGACCAGCUGCUGUUCUGUGACGACUGCGAUCGGGGUUACCACAUGUACUGCCUGAGCCCUCCCAUGGCGGAGCCCCCGGAAGGGAGCUGGAGUUGCCACCUCUGUCUCCGGCACUUGAAAGAAAAGGCCUCCGCUUACAUCACCCUGACUUAGACCUGGCUCUGCUGCUCCAGGACCUUUGGGUGGUGCUAUCCUUGGCCUCUUGGAGCUCCUGACUCUUCCCGCCUGGUGUCCCCAGUGGAAGGGAUAGGGUGAAGCCCAGAGAGGGGCCAAGGCGGUCUCCCUCUGCAAGUGGAAUGUUACCCUGAGGGAGGGUGGGUCCAGCAGGGUCCCUCCUGUCCCCCAUCUUCAUUCCUUGACAAGUGGGCACCAGGCUUCUGCUCCCCUCAAAGCCAUACCCCGCCUCUGGGCGGGCAUAGAGGGGUAGUGGAUGCCAGCCAGUGGCACGGAAAAAGCCUUUUUCUAAAGAAAAAGACAAAACGUGAAAAAAAAAGGAAAAAAAAAAGAAAUUAAUAUAUACAAAGAUUCCUCUAAGCCUGGCUGGGUGGGGGGCCACUGAGUGUCUGCUGGGACCUGACUUUACCAGUUUCCUGAAUGGCCCCUCCCCACCCCAUUUCUGGAGUUGCAAUUGUCUCAACUCCCAUCUGAGGUGGGUACCACACCUUCCUCACACCCAGGCCAGGUGGGCAUGGUGCCCACACACUGCCCCCUCCCGGUACCCACCGUGGAUACUGCAUGAUGUGAACCAUGGUUUUGAACUCUUCCUGCCCCUCCUUCGAGAGCCCCGCCCUGCGCCCACCCGGUGCCUGCCAGACCUGGGGCUUGCAGCUGGGGGAGGCCGGUGGGGUGAGGCAGGCAGGCAGGCAGCCAGCCCGCUGCAAUGAGAAGAAGCACAGAUUGCAAUGGACUUCAGUUGUUUUUUGUUUUUGUUUUUGUUUUUGUUUUUUUUUCUUUCUUUCUCCCUUCCCAGCCCUUUCCUUCCCUACCCAGCCAGGCUGGGCUGCCUCCUUCCCCCCCUCGCUAGCCAUUUUGGGGGUGGCAAGGAGGUGUGGUCGUUUCUCGUGGUUGUGUGUGUUUGUUGUUCGGGUUUUAAAAAAGGGAAAUUGAGACUGCAAGUGGGGGGAGGUGGAGGGUCUGGGGGAGUCUGCCCCCAACCCAGGAGUACCCCCCUUGCCACCAAGUCUCCUUUAUUGCCUGCCUCUGCUGUGAAUUAACUUGUUCUGUGUAUUAAACUGGGCCGGACCCCUCUGCCCACAACUGCU